UAGCAACAACGGGAAGGGAGAGCUAGGGCAUACAAUGGAGGACGACUUUCUGCCAAUCAGGAAGACAGUGGGGCAGGAAGCGCUGCUACUGUAGCUGGCAGGAAGGGCCGAUGAGUUGCAAUCAAGUCUCCUAGGCUAGGAUCAGGGCUGCAGUGGAGAAGUGCUGCUCGACAUUGCGCUUGGCAAAAGGUCCGCGUGCCUUUUGCAAUUCAGCAAUUCAUUGACUGAAGGUGGAAUGAUGACGAGCAGAGGCAAAAGGCGAGCAGUUGUCAUACUCUCAGACUCGGAUUGUGACUCUGGUGUGGAUGAGGAUGUGAGUGGGAUAAUCGCUAAGGAGGAUGCCAGAGGGUCCCCAAAGUCACGCAAGCCGUCAAAGAAGUCGAUAAAAGGACUGGGACUAUCCAGGAAGGGGCUAACAGCUUCCAGCAAUGGAAAUGGCGCAAAAGCAGCACAGGCUCAGAAUGUGGAGCGCUUUGUUAGGCGAGAGCGCGCAGAGGUUGGGGGUGCCUUUGCCUGGCCAACCUUCCAACCUCCGGCCAAGAAGCCAAAGCUCGACCCCGCACCUGACAGCAAUCCAGAACGUCGGGGCACUCAAGACAGCCUGCUCCUAAAGACGCCACGCACUACAAUCUGGGCCGACAAGUACUUUCCUGCUUUAGAAGAGGAGCUGGCUGUGCAGAAGAAGAAAGUAGGCGAGGUGAAAGCAUGGCUGGAAUCGUGCCAAUCAGGUUCCAGCAGCAGCAAGGUGCUUCUCUUGGUCGGGCCCCCUGGUGCAGGCAAGAGCACGACAGUGCACGUCCUGUGCAAGCCUCUGAACCUCCAGGUCACUGAAUGGCAGACGCCGGUCCCAACUCUCUGGGAAGAACACGUGCACCAUAGAGGGGUCGGUCCCGGCUACUCUUCCAAGCUGGACGACUUUGACGCCUUCCUCGACAAAGCCGAGAAGUUUCCGCUCGUCCCACUGGUUCCCUCCCUUGCAACCCUGACCCUAGACCCUCAAACCUCCAACGGGUCCCCCCCCAAUAUGAAGCUCAGCCAGCAAGUUCCGCAAGGGAAAGUGGUGCUCAUAGACGACAUGCCGCUCGCAGCAGAGGGAGACAGGAGGCAGCGGUUGUGUGACAGCCUGGAGAUUCUUGCUCGCAGCGCUCGGUUCCCGACCGUUGUGAUACUCUCAGAGGGGCAGGCGGGCCAGUCGGGGCAGGGCGACAAUCAACCGCGGUGGGGGGCAACCGCCGCGUUUCAGCAGGCCCUCGAAAGAGGGGGCGCAGCGAGGAUUUCCUUCAACGACAUUACGAAGGCCAACAUUUGCAAAGUCCUUCGCCGGGUUGCCAACGAGGAACGGUACGACCCCCCUGAAGAGGACCUGGCUGCAAUUGCAGAGGAGAGUGGGGGGGAUCUACGGCAAGCGCUCGCGACUCUCCAGUUCCAUUGCCUCGGGCAGAGCCAGAGCGCCAAACCGGUGAAGAAAGCCAAGAAGAAAAAGGCCGCAGCAAAGCGCGGCAAGAAGGGGGCGCUCGAAGAUUCUGAGGAUGUCGGUCAAAACGGUACUCAAGCGUCGGUCGUGGAGGACGACCUAGGGGUACCUGAUUCUCAAGCGGAGAAUCGACCGGAGCUCAGGGGCCGGGACUCGGGCUUGUCCCUCUUCAGGGCCCUUGGCAAGUUUCUGUACAACAAGCGAGUCGACGCUGAUGUCAGCGGCCAGGUCAGCGCCAACGGUGACGUCAGCGGAGACCAGGCCCUCCGGGAGGAGCUGCGGCGGCGGCCGAUGGCUUCGGCGCAGCCCCCCGAGGCGACGCUCGCGCGCGCGCACCUCGACGGCCCGGCCGUCACCGCCUUCCUCCACGAGAACGUGCUCCACUUCGUGGACGACGACGCGAUUGAUGACGUCAGCGUGACGUCGGCGUACUUCAGCGACGCGGACCACAUCCUGCGGCGGCGUGCGGGGGGCGCGAGGGCGUCGCCUGCGGAGGACCAGGGGGCGGAGCCGGACCCCGGGAGGGUGGGGCAUGCGGCAGCGGCAGCGAUUGCAGCGCGGGGGGUUUUGUUUGGGAUCGUGCACCCGGCGCCGCGGAAGUGGCAAGCGUUCCGGGCGCCGGUGUCGGGGCAGGUCGAGCGGAGAAGACUGGAGACCUUGGCUCAAAUCCAGCGCGCGUCUCUCUCGCAAAGCUCCAGUUACCUCGCUCCAGGAGCUGCAGGGUCAGCGGUCCUUGCUUUGGAGCUACUGCCAUUUAUGAAACACAUCGAAGCACUGCGGAGGUGGAAAGCUGCAAACGGGGAGGGCACAGCGCGGCAGGAAGAGAGCCUUGAACAUGGCAUAUCACUGAGCACGUGGGGGCCUGUUUUCGAAAUUGACCGACGAAAAGAGUCGGCAGAGGUCGAAGAAGAAGCGGAGGAGAUAGAAGAAUGGUAAUGUUCUACUGAUCGUAUGCUGUACACAAUUAGGAGGGUUCGUGUCAAUGCCGCAGUUCACAUGUACAUUAUGAAGCACCUAGAGCUGCCAGUGAAGCAAUGAAAGGCGCCUUGGAUUGGUUCAAAAUCUACUGAGGAAUCAGUACCUAAGCUGUGGUGCAUGAUCAUGCCUGUAAGCGGUCUGUUUCAAUCAAGUUGUGCACUGAUCAAGAU